AUGAAGUUGAAUCUUUUUAAAAGGUCUAUGAUAUUUGCUACGUUUUUUGGCUCAUGCCUCUGUAUAGCGCUGAUUGUCGCUUCACUGGGUACUACGCAUUGGGUUGAUGCCAGAGCUAAACGUCUGUCAAAUACAUUGGAUUCUGAGGGUAGAAUAAGUUUUGGUCUCUUUGAAGGUCACAAAGAACUUAACUUUGGUGGAUACGGAUGGAGAUAUUAUGAAUUCAGCAUCCGCACCGGCACUCACCCGGCCCGCCGCUGGGCUUGGUGCGGCACAGCGGCACAACUCGCUGCGGCACUUGCUGCUGCUGGCGGAGCUUGUCUGUUAGCGGCACUAGGAUCUGCUGCUAGGAACGCCUGCUCACCGAAACCAUUGCUUGUGUGUAAUGGUGCCACUGUUUUAUUCAGUCUGGGCGCGAUAGCAGUGUGGCUCACAGAAUUCUUCCUCCGUCUCCAACACAAUGUGAUGUCAGAUGAGGAUCUCGCCAACACAUGGUCUUCAGAUAUGACAGCGGAUUUGGGAACCUCAUUCUGGCUAGUGGUGACUUCCUGUAUAGCUGCUUUCAUCAAUAUCAUAUGUAUUCUGGUAGCUGCAUCUGAAACUGAACCCAAUGCACCGGCCUUAGAAGAAAAACUCAACGGAGCGAUAAUGUUGUAUUAA